AUGGUUUUAUGGAGUCAGAUUAGAGAGUUUAAAACUCAAGAUCUGUGGGUGCUUCUAAGGGACUUUAAUGCCACCAUUAAUCAGGAUGAACGAGUUGGAGAUAGGGUGAGAUCUUUUUUUUUAGCUGCAUUGACAGAUUGUGAGCUAUUUGAUGUACCUUACCAUGGAUGUUUUUACACGUGGAGUAAGAACCAGGAACCACCAACCCGGAUUGUUGCUAAACUAGAUAGAGUUCUUGGGAAUCAGGCUUGGAUGGAUGGUUUCACUAAUGCUGUUGUUUGCUUCAUGCCAGAGGGUCUAUUUGAUCAUUCUCCGGCUGUUUUAUCACUAAGAUAUCAACAAUGUGUUAUUGAGGCUUGGCAAAAUCAGGUGCAUGGCUCUCCUAUGUAUAGAGUGGUUUGUAAACUUAAGAGAGUUAAGGCUGAAUUGAAAAAUCUGAAUAAAUGUGUAAUAGGAAAUAUUGGUGCUGCUUUUUCUCAGUCAGAACAUGAUCUCUAUAAUAUACAGCAACAAUUGCAUAUUGACUCUCAAAAUUGUCAGUUGAUCAAGGAGGAGGCGUGUCACAAGAAAACCCAUGAGAGACUUCAAGAUGCUUAUUUUGAAUUUCUAAGGCAAAAGCUGAAAAUGAAUUGGUUACAUCUUGGUGAUGCUAAUACUCAAGUUUUCCAUAGGAGUAUUUGGAUGAGAAGAUUGAGAAAUUAUGUCUUGGCUGUUCGUGAUGAACAGGGGAAGUGGUAG